AGAUGUCAUUCAAAAUAUUAAGAAAUUUAAUCUUUUUAAUAAAAAGAAGAGCAAAGCUUUUACGCUUUUAAUGGCCAAUGCCAUUUGUGCAGUAUACGCAAAAGAUAUUUUUAACAUAACAGAUUGGACCGGUCCGUCUAACCCCCAGGAGGGCUUUUCUAACGAUUCUUCGAGAUAUUUUUGGAACCAACAAUCAUGGAAUUCUUCUCAACAAACUUUUCUCAUUCCAAAUAUAUCAAUAUUAUCAACAGUCACCACACAUACAUCUUAUCCCCAUUCUGUCACUGACAAAGUUAAGCCCUGGCAAAAAAAUUUUACUCAGAAUUCACCUUCGCACGAACUCAAUCUAACCCAAAUUCUGGGUUCCAAACAAUUGGCGCACAAGGUGCUCAUUCCUAUAACCGUUAUUUAUUCUGUGAUUCUGAUAACAGGGCUGCUGGGAAAUCUACUGACCUGCGUUGUCAUAAUCAAAACAGCGUCAUUGCAUACCGCCACCAAUUAUUAUUUGUUUAAUUUAGCCGUGGCGGAUUUAUUGUCACUCAUCAUAGGUAUGCCACAAGAGCUUUAUUCGAUGUGGAUCCAAUAUCCCUACCCCUUCGGGGAUUUCAUGUGUUCCUUCCGAGCAUUAGUAUCAGAGAUGACUACUUAUUCAUCCAUUCUAUGCAUAACGGCUUUCACAGUAGAACGCUACUUUGCAAUAUGCCACCCUUUCAAACCUCACAUACUAUCAAACCUACAGAGGGUCAUAAAAAUCAUAGUGGGCGUUUGGUGCAUAGCCAUAGUCAAUGCUAUCCCUUACUCCUUGUUCACAAAAAUUAAUUACGUUUGCGACUUCGAAGACAAGCCCAUCAGUGAAUCGGCCUGGUGUGGGGUCCCAUUUUCGAUGAGCCAAGGCAAGUACAUUCCCCUAUUGUUAUGGUCGGCUUUCGCCUUCUUGGUAGUGCCUAUGGCCGUUCUAGUCGUGUUAUAUAUAAAAAUCGGACUCAAAAUAAAAAGGUCCGCACACGCUGAUAUUAUUAUACCUGUUUACAAGCAAAAUCGGAAUUAUCCAAACAUAUUUAAAUAUAACCCGAGAAGGAGUAGGCGUGAUAAAAAGAGCUAUACUUACAAUAAUAGUAUCAUUAGUGAUAUUUCUACGAGCAUCGAUGUUACGAGCAACUGUAACACUGCUAUCAAUUAUCUUACUAAUGAAAAAGGGUUUGAUAUAAUCAAAACAUCUAAUAACAAUAUGGAUAAUGAAGCUAUGGAUGAUGAAAAGAUCCCUAACAUUACCCCUGUUACACCCAUUAAAAGUUAUAUAAUGCAGUUCAGGAAACCCUUAGGAAAACAAAAUUUUCCUAGAUUAAAGGAUCAAAAACAAAAACUAAAAUUUGGAUUCAAAGACUUGCGUCCUUCUGAUGUAAAAUCAAAUCAAAAUCAUGAGGUAAUCGAUUCAAAUAUCAAGAGAAAAGGCAAAAAGUUUACUAAUUGGAGGCAAAAUUUUAAGAGUCGAUUGCAAGUAAACCACAGAAGAGGGAACCACAUACAAAAAUCUUCCAAAAGGUCUAAAUCUUUCAUGCUCAGAUUUAUGAACAUUAAUCAAGAUAUAGGUAACAAACUUUACAAUUCUCACACUUGCUAUGAGAACAGAAGUGCCUCCAAUUCUAAUCACAAAAUAGAUGACGAACAUCUUCCUGCUUCAAACAUAUCUUCCGAAAGCGCUUUAACAAAAAACGCAUCCGAGAUGGAUAUCGAAUCCGAAACUCCUCCUACUUCUAACUCAAGUUAUUAUAAGUCCUCGCAGAACGAAAACAUAAUGGAAUUCAAGCCUAGGCAAGUCAAUAACAAUUUAUUCCAACCUCGAAAUACAAAAGAGAGUUGUGAGAACCAUCAGGUAGAAUCGGGUAUGAACUGUAAUUUCAACAAUUCCAACGGUAUUAGUGUCAUUAAAAACCAUUUGAGCGAAAUUUGCUCUAGUCCCGCUCUCAAAAUGCGCCAGUCGAACGACGUUCCAAAAAUAAAGUUAUCUAGGGUUAAGAGCAAGGAUUCCAAAAUUCCUAAGCGGGAUUCAAUUUUAAAAAUGUCUCGAAAAUUUAUAGUUUACAAAAGGCGACCCAUCAUUUUAUCUUCUAUAACCAAGAGUUACCAAAAAAGGAAUCGUUCAAGAACCGACGCUAUUAAGAUGUUAGUUGCGGUGGUGGUCACAUUUUUCAUAUGCUGGGCUCCUUUCAACGCUCAAAGAUUAUUUUUCGUAUUCGUAAAAGAAUGGACACCGGAAAGAAAGGCAACCUUGGAGAAACUAUACAAUAUCACUGGUUGUCUAUUCUACGCUAAUUCAACAGUCAAUCCAAUUCUUUAUAAUUUGCUCUCUAAAAGGUUCAGAAAUGCCUUCAAAAAUAUCUUAUGCACCUCUUGCCACCCAAAACCAAAGCCAUUAAAAACAGGACUUUUAACGUUUCAUCACAAACCGAUUCACCGAAAUAAUUUUUAAAUGAAAAAAAAAAAGAUUAAAUUUUUAGCUCAAAUAAAUCAAUUUUAAAAAAAUAAAUAAUUUAUAUUAAUUGAUAUAGGUUAUUAUUAUAUAUUUUUUAGUAUAUAAAUUUGCCGCUUUCCCUUUACAAUUUCCCGGUUUUAACAAUAUUAAAAUUUCUAGUCUUUCGGGGAAGCCUCGUGCAAGCAGGUUUUUAUAUUUUAAAAUAUAUGGCAUUCAAAUGAUUAAAAUUUUUUA